AUGUCCUGAGGUUACAAACCGGCUGCAACUGGUUUUAUUUUUUUUUUUUCCCCUUCCUCUCCCCUGCCCCCGCUAGGCAUCAUGGGUAAAAGUAAGCCUUCUCCCCCCACCCCCCUUUCUUUUGUUUAAUAUAACGGCACCACAGAUGAUUGGCAGCAACGUGCCCGUUCCGCGGCUGGGCUCGGGCUGGUCCCUGGAGGGGGAUGGCACGCCGCGGCGGCCCCUGUUCCACCGAGGGGGCUCCUGGUGAACAAGCCCCCCGGCACUCCCCCCUGCCCUCUUCGCAGGCUCACGAUCCGGCAUCCCCUCCAUCUGUCUGCCUCUCCCCCCCUCUUGACAAGUCAAGGAGGGUGACAGAAUACGCUACCUGAUGGACCGCAUGACCGAGGAUGCGCUGCGCCUCAACCGCUUGAAGCGGACUCUGGACCAAGCCGAAGAGCGGGAUGAUGUCUUAGCCAAGAGGCUGAAGAUGGAGGGCCACGAGGCCAUGGAGCGCCUCAAGAUGCUGGCUUUGCUCAAGAGGAAAGACCUGGUGGGGAUCGAGGUGCCCCACGAGCUGCCUGUCAAGCAGGACGGCCUGAAGGUCUACGAGGAAAAGCUGAACGGAAACUUGAGACCCCACGCCGAUGGCCGGUCUUCAGGGAGGUCCGGCAAGGAGAACAUCAACGACGAGCCGGUGGAUAUGAGUGCAAGACGAAGCGAUCAAGAUAGGGGACGGCUCACCCCUUCCCCAGAUAUCAUUGUCCUUUCUGAUAACGAAGCCUCCAGUCCGCGCUCCAGUUCUCGCAUGGAAGAGAGGCUGAAGGCAGCCAACCUGGAAAUGUUCAAGGGAAAAGGGGUCGAGGAGAGGCAGCAACUCAUCAAACAGCUCCGGGACGAGCUGCGGCUAGAGGAAGCCCGGCUGGUGCUGCUGAAAAAGCUACGGCAAAGCCAGCUGCAGAAGGAGAACGUGGUACAGAAGACUCCAGUUGUCCAGAACGCAGCGUCGAUAGUCCAGCCCUCUCCUGCCCACGUCGGACAGCAGGCUCUGUCCAAACUCCCCUCCCGACCUGGAGUUCAAGGGGUUGAGCCCCCAAACCUCCGAACAUUACAGGGUCACAGCGUCAUCCGAUCGGCCACCAACCCCGCCCUUCCCCACAUGCUUAUGUCCCAGCGCGUCAUCGCCCCCAACCCCACCCAGCUCCAAGGACAGCGCAUCCCUCCCAAACCGGGCCUCAUCCGCAGCACGACUCCCAACAUGAGCCCCGCCAUCAACUACCAGCCGCAGUCCUCCUCGGCGGUCCCCUGCCAGCGAACCACGUCCUCCGGCAUCUACAUGAACCUCGCCUCCCACAUCCAGCCCGGGGCGGUGAACAGGGUGGCGUCGCCCCUGCCCAGCCCCAGCACCCUGAACGAUGCCGCCAACUCCCAGGCGGCCGCCAAGCUCGCCCUGCGCAAGCAGCUGGAGAAGACCCUGCUGGAGAUCCCGCCCCCGAAGCCCCCCGCCCCCCUGCUCCACUUCCUGCCCAGCGCGGCCAACAGCGAGUUCAUCUACAUGGUGGGCCUGGAGGAAGUUGUGCAGAGCGUCAUCGACAGCCAAGGCAAAGGCUGCGCCUCCCUGCUCCGAGUGGAGCCGUUCAUCUGCGCCCAGUGCCACACAGACUUCACCCCUCACUGGAAGCAGGAGAAGAAUGGGAAGAUCCUGUGCGAGCAGUGCAUGACCUCCAACCAGAAGAAGGCCCUCAAGGCCGAGCACACCAACCGGCUGAAGAACGCCUUCGUGAAGGCCCUGCAGCAGGAACAGGAAAUCGAGCAGCGGCUGCAGCAGCAGGCCACCCUGUCACCCACCGCCGCGCCCGCCAGCGUGGCCAGCGUCAGCAAACAGGAGAGCAUCAUGCGACACCACACCCUCCGUCAGGCCCCCCAGUCCCAAAGCUCCCUUCAACGCAGCAUCCCCGCCUCAGCCCGCUCCAUGCUGUCCAACUUCGCGCAGGCCCCGCAGCUACCCGUCGCCAGCGGCCUCCUCGGGAUGCCAGGAGUCAACAUUGCCUACCUGAAUGCCGGGAUCGGAGGCCACAAAGGGUCCAGCUUGGCGGACCGGCAGCGGGAAUAUCUUCUAGAUAUGAUCCCCCCACGCUCUAUAUCGCAAUCCAUCAGCGGGCAGAAAUAACACCAGCCGUGCCCCCCCUCCCCGUGACUCCCCAUCUGAGCCUCCUCGUCCGUGGCAUGCAGUGCCCUGUACUGGUGCCAGCCGUGGAGGGAAAGACAAAAAACAGUUGGAAAAAAAAAAGAAAACGAGAAACUUCCGAAACUUUCACCCCCCCGCCCUCUUCCGUAACCGUCUCGCUCACGCGCCCCCCACCCGCCCGCUCUGGAUUUCGUUUUUUGGCGGUGGGAGCCCCGGAACCCUCCCUGCUCCCCCCUUCCCACUCGAGGUCAGAACGCAUCUUCAGCCCGGAUCCUGCACCGUGCCCGUUUCAUGCCCGUUUUACGCGCUUUUUUUUCUCUUCCGUCCGUCCAGCUUUCCAUUUGUAAUGGCAACGUGUAGAAUUUUUAACGGCCGCUCUCCUCGUUCUCACGCCUUCUUUUCGCCUUUUGCCUCGACGGGAGGGCGGAAAGGAGACCCUCGGGGGAAGAAGGGGCUUCCUGGAGUCUCGGAGGAGCUUUUUCACGCUGGCCGGAAGGGAGGGGUGGGGGGUGAUCACAGCCGCCCCUGUCCACGGCUUGACUGUGCCCCGUGUCGGGUUCACGGGAGAGGGUCCACGCUGAGAAGGCUGCCUGUGGGGGUGGGAAGACCACCAGCAGCAGAAAGAGGGCAUCGUUGCUUUGAGUUGCCCGUGCACUUCUGCAUGCCAGAGACUCGUUGAACCCUUGCCUUGAGGUUCCUCCCACCAUCUCCAAAACGGAGCUGUGAGGAGCAGCAGUGUCCGCCUGGGCAGCUGCAAGGAAAUCUCUCCAGGAGAGAUCCGGCGUCUCUCGGCUCCGUCUGUUGUCCUGACUCUGGAAGCUGCUUGCCAGCAGAGGGGGCUCCCGGCCUGGGCAGGGAGGCUGGAUCCUUGCAUCUGCUCCAUCCGACCGGUAGAUGCUGGGUGCAGGGAGUUGCCGGAGGAGCGGGGGGGGGGGGGGGUCUGCGCUUGUGGGUUGGGUCUUUGGACCCAGAGGCCCUUUCAAGCCGCGCAGAGGGUUCCUAAAGCUCCUUUCCUGCUCAGCUGUUUACUUUCCUCGCUGUAUUCGCAGCUCGGCUCGCCUGUUCUCUGCUUCGCCUGCCCAGGAAGGUGUAAGGGAGCUGUUUCCUGCUCAGAAAACGAGGACAGCGUGGGGACCUCCUGGUCUUUGGCACAGCCUUUCCCUCCUUGCUUGCUCCAAAGUAUUCGCCCAGAACCUGCCGUGGGUUCUUCAGGGCCUCCUACGUACCUCUCCCCAGCCACCGGUCCCUCUGAAAGACGGGCAGCUCCCCGGGCAUCGUCCCGGGCACACCCAUGCUUCCUUCUCUGUCCUCCGACCUCUGAGCACUUACAAAUAAACAGGAGGUGGAAGGAACUCUGGGUGCGAGCGCCUAAGAGAGAGAGGCCCAGAUUGUGCUCUUUAAGGAGCACGUGGUGCUCCUUGGGACAAGUCGGAAAUGCAGGCGCGUCCCGGCAUCACUACCCCAACAGCCCCCCGCUGCCUUGCGCCUUCCUCCCCCAAAACGUGCAAUUCUCCGCAAAGCCAGCUUUGCUCCGUGGCAGCCUUAGAGGCCUCGGGGACGAUUUCCCAUUUUCUUUUUCCCCUCUUGUUCUUUUCAACGUGGCGUUUUAAGCCCCCUCGGCUCGCCCUAGGCGCACCGCCCUCCGCCUUCCUUUCCUCGGACGCCUCUCCGUUGUGCUUCUGACCGGGUGUCGCCAAGGGGCCUCCCUGGCUCAGUGGUUCACGCAGAUUUUCGGGUUUCAGUUUGACUUGGACAUUGUGCUGGUUUUCUUUUCUUUUUUCUUCUUUUUUCUUUUCUUUUCUUUUCUUUUCUUUCUGGGCAGCAGCGAUGAUGUAAGACGCAUGCAAUAAUUUUUGCUCAAGUAUCGACCAGUUGCAGAUUAAGCGGGGUGGUGGGGAGGAACACAGAUCCGCCAGGCAGGUUCCCCCCAUGCCCCCAGUCCCAUAUGGACGUUUGGGAAUGAAGGGGAAGAUCUCCCCCGCCCCCAAAGGACCCAGGGUCUCUUCUUCCCAAGUUGGCCAGUUUGGACAAGAAUCGGACAGACGUCUGUUUGGUUUUGCGCCCGUUGGGAGGUCUCUUCCCCAUUUUGCCCUCCUGCCCCCCCCCCAUGCCUUUUAACACCCCAUCCCUGAAUCCCCAAGAUCAUUUAAGCUUCUCUUUUGGAAAAGGCCCCAGCCCUGGGUUUGCUGAUCCCAAGAAACAUUCGAUUUCUUUCCGUGCCUGACCGGCCAAUCAGCCCAGUCAAGAUCACCUCUGGGUGCUCCUUCCCACAUUCCACACCCCCGCCCCAGUGCUUCCCUCCCCUCCCCUCCUGAUCUAUGCAUCUGCCUAUUUUCUCUGACCCCAAAAUACUUUUAAACGUAAGGAAAGGGGAAGCUUGUACCACAGCCUGGCGCAGAGGAGGAAGGAGUUCAGGAAGAGGAGGAGGAAGGCCCUCUUCUCUCUCUCUCUCUCUCUCUAUCCCUAAAAUAAACUGGCAGUGCUAAAAUCGGACGCCCAACUUGGGUUUAGCAGCAAGCCCAACUUGCUCGUCGGUGAGUCGCCCCUGGCGAGCCAGUCCGCAGAGCGGGGUGAGCAGCUUCAGAGGUAACUUGCAUGCUCCUCCGGUGGGGUCUGACGGAGCCUCAUUCGAAUUUCUGCCAAGGAAUUCGCUCAGCCAAAAUAGACAGGAGUCUUGCCGUCCGGAAGACCGGUUUUCCGCAGGGAUCGUAAAUUUACCUGCCCGCCACCAUCCCUCUUCCUUUUAAGCACUCUUCAGAAAUUUGACUCUUUCCCAGUAACGUAAGCCCUUUCCUAUUUCCUUCUCUCUGUCUGUCUGUCUCUCCUGUCUACUUUCUGGAUGUAAUAUAGAAAAACACCCUUUUUUUUUUUAAAUUAAAAAAAAAAAAAGGUACAGAAAUGAAUUUGCUGGCUUCCGUUUCUUUCUCUCUGUUUUUGGUUACCGUUUAGGUGUAGAGGCUUUGUGAAUCAUGCUGGGGGGGGGGGCGUUGUUUGUCUUUUAUUUUGUUUUACUCUGUUUUACUUCGUAUGUAAUGGUUCCGUCGGGGAAACGGGGAGGGGAGAAAGCCAUCCUGCCCCCCUUAUUUUCCUCCCCUGUCCCUUCGCACCCUUCCCUCGACAAAACCUCCUUUGCUUAACAGUAACCUUGCUGCCGGAAAGACGUUAUAUCAAGGACUCCUUUGUUGUAUAUAAGCUAUUUCUUGACACGUUAAAAAAAACAAAAAUAAAAACCAGAGAAAAGAAAUGAAAAAAAGGAAGGAAGGAAGGAAGGAAGAAAGAAAGAAAGAAGGGGGGGAGAGGGGGAGAAAGCAAAAAAUGUUGUACAUUGUAUAGAGAAAAAGCAAGACGACAAAAAAAAAAAAAAGAGCUUAGCCAUGGAUAUUGUGACCGUUUGUCGAUGUCCUUUUGUAGUGUGGAACUCUCUUGUGUAUGACAUUAAAAUGUGCAAAAGGCGGUUUCCUAGAGAAAGGGGGGGGCCUGGAGGGGGUUGGGCAGCUGGUGUCAUGCACUCCCUGCACACCCUUUUCAGCUGCGGCCCCCCCCAGCUGAGACGGAUUUGGUGGUUCACGGUUCCCCCCAAUGGUGCCUUUUCGUCUUCUCAUAUCGCAAGUCGGGAGGCCCCCGCCCCGCCCGUGCCCACGCGAGGCCAGCCUUGGCUCUGCCCCUCUUAACGCCCACUGUUUUGCUUUUCCCCCCCCCCCAGCCGGAGGGGGCCCCGGGGGGCGAGCAAACAAUACGAGUGUUACCGUGGAUCCGAACCAUUAAACCGUAAAUAGAUUUGCACUGAUUUCAAAGGAUGCUUUGGCUUCAGAAGAGCGGCGGCGGCUUUUUGACGUCGGGGCUCCCGAGGUGGAUCCUGUUUAAGCCACCCGUUUCGUCCCCUCGGCCCACCCCGUUUUCCCUUCUCCUCUCUUCCUCCUGUCUUCCUACGUUCUCCCCAUCCCCGACUCCGUUACGGGUGACGCAAGGCAUCUUCUGCCUCCCCUUGAUCUCUCCUGCUCCAUCCAUCCAUCCCUUCCUCUCAUCAACUUAGCCCCCCCCCCCAUUUGUUUGGGAUAUUUCUCAAACUCGCCAGUAGCCCUGGGAGCACCCCCCCCCCACGUCAUUCAGCAGUGCUUGAAUAAAGCCAGCUUGUAUUGUUUUGAAGGGAAAUACUUGGUGCCUGGCACGGAUGGGACAAAAUGUUAUUUUUGGCCCAUUGGAACAGUGCCCCGGAUGCUGGCUUAGCCAUCUCCGAACCUUCCGUGACCGUCUCAGUGUUUGCCCAACCACACCUCCUAGUGUCCUCGCCCUUCCCUCCCGUGGCUGCCAUGUUAUCUCAGCCCCAGACCUUGCAUUUAUUGGGGGUGGGGGGGUCUGUCUUUUGACCUCUGGGGUCUCCAUCCUGGAAUGUGGAGCAGGCCGCUCACCCGAGUUCAGAUGUUCUGAAAUGUUGGCUCUGCCGGAUGGUUAUCUGCUCACCUCCUGAGGGGUCUGGGCUGUGAGGGGGAAAGGCUUCAGUCCCCCCCACCCACUCCUCCUGUUCUUAAUUUUUGACUGCAUAGCUCUCCCAGCCUUUCCCCCCAGCUUUUCAACACUUCUUGCUUGCUUCUUGUGGCCAAAGCAGAUCUCUUCCCAGGGAACUAUCCACCGAUGCUUUCUGUCCUCCUCCCCUUUCCACCUCUUUCCACCUCCCCAUCAGAUUGACAGCCAACUCCCAUAUUCAUUGGAAGGGGUGCCCCACUGGGAAAAACCUGGGUGUUUUUCAGUCACCCCAGCAAUCCUUCCGUUCUCUUCAAGGUGCUGAGAUGUUUCUACCUAUUCUGUCCACCAGCUUAGUCUUGGCCAUGCUCCACCUUGCCGAUCAUCAAGAAACCACCAAUUUGGAGACACGUCUGAUCGUUCUUGGAGCGAGACCUUUGCCCCGCUGCUGACAACCCCCAUCUUGGCCUUCUUUUGGUUUCUGGCACUAACCUCUUUCUGUUGCAGAAGUAGGAUCUAUUUUGAGGGGUGGGAGCUUUGGGACAAAACUUCUCGAGUUCACAUCUCCAGCUUAACCCGCGAGCCACUUUGCAGAAGGAAUCCAGAUUUGCAGGGGGAAACGAUUGGAGGGGUGGGGGACGGGAAACCAGACCUUUUGCACAAUUUUAAGAGGGGUUUUUAUUUUCAUUUUCAUUUUUAUUUUUUGCCUUGUGUUUUUGGAUCUGGUUUAAAAGGAGAUGAAAGGAGAAAAUAAAAGUUGUUUAAAUAUUGCCAAUUGAUUAUGCAGUGACCUGAUUAAAAAUAAUAAUAAUAAUAAUAAUAAGCUAAUUUUUGGAGAAAGGAUUAAAAAAAAACUUUGUAAUAUUUAUCACUUGCAAGCUAUGUUUAAUAAAGAAAGGAAUGGUUUAUA